AUGGAUCUUUUGGAUUACUUUGAAAGUGUUUUGGUGGAUAUUGAAGACAUAAAAGGUGGAAUGUUGAUUACGCGAUUGUGUCGAUCUGCAGUACGAAAGGAUUUUGGUAGAGCUCUGUGCUCAACAGUCUCGCAAAAUGAAUAUGAGAAAGCAGCAGAAGAGUCACUGGAGAGGCUCUCAGAAUAUUUGGACACGUUACCUGAACGAUUCAAUGUGUCAUCCGAGUUCGAUGUGACACAUGCGAUGGGUGUAUUGACUGUAGUGAUAAGCAAAGAAAUUGGUACAUAUGUGAUCAACAAACAGUCUCCAAAUCGGCAGCUAUGGCUAUCGAGUCCAGUAUCAGGACCCAAACGCUAUGACUUAAUCAAUCACCGGUGGAUAUACAGUCAUGACAACGAGGCUCUCGACUCGCUGCUCACUAAGGAAUUUAGAAAAAUUUUUGCGACUGAGGAUAUUGACUUUAGGGAAAAUAUUUAA